GUGAGCCAGAGACUAUAAAAGCGCCGCCCGCCUCAGUCUGCACCCAGUGCUAGUGCUGAGCUCCGCUGCUACCUGCACUUUGCCCUGGCCCUGCAAUGGCUUCAACCCGUGCCAAGCCCACGCUACCUCUGCUCCUGGCCCUGGUCACCGUUGUGAUCCCUGGGCCUGGUGAUGCUCAGGUAUCCAUCCAUCCCAGAGAAGCCUUCCUGCCCCAGGGUGGGUCCGUGCAGGUGAACUGUUCUUCCUCAUGCAAGGAGGACCUCAGCCUGGGCUUGGAGACUCAGUGGCUGAAAGAUGAGCUCGAGAGUGGACCCAACUGGAAGCUGUUUGAGCUGAGCGAGAUCGGGGAGGACAGCAGUCCGCUGUGCUUUGAGAACUGUGGCACCGUGCAGUCGUCCGCUUCCGCUACCAUCACCGUGUAUUCGUUUCCGGAGAGUGUGGAGCUGAGACCUCUGCCAGCCUGGCAGCAAGUAGGCAAGGACCUCACCCUGCGCUGCCACGUGGAUGGUGGAGCACCGCGGACCCAGCUCUCAGCAGUGCUGCUCCGUGGGGAGGAGAUACUGAGCCGCCAGCCAGUGGGUGGGCACCCCAAGGACCCCAAGGAGAUCACAUUCACGGUGCUGGCUAGCAGAGGGGACCACGGAGCCAAUUUCUCAUGCCGCACAGAACUGGAUCUCAGGCCGCAAGGGCUGGCAUUGUUCUCUAAUGUCUCCGAGGCCAGGAGCCUCCGGACUUUCGAUCUUCCAGCUACCAUCCCAAAGCUCGACACCCCUGACCUCCUGGAGGUGGGCACCCAGCAGAAGUUGUUUUGCUCCCUGGAAGGCCUGUUUCCUGCCUCUGAAGCUCGGAUAUACCUGGAGCUGGGAGGCCAGAUGCCGACCCAGGAGAGCACAAACAGCAGUGACUCUGUGUCAGCCACUGCCUUGGUAGAGGUGACUGAGGAGUUCGACAGAACCCUGCCGCUGCGCUGCGUUUUGGAGCUAGCGGACCAGAUCCUGGAGACGCAGAGGACCUUAACAGUCUACAACUUUUCAGCUCCGGUCCUGACCCUGAGCCAGCUGGAGGUCUCGGAAGGGAGCCAAGUAACUGUGAAGUGUGAAGCCCACAGUGGGUCGAAGGUGGUUCUUCUGAGCGGCGUCGAGCCUAGGCCACCCACCCCGCAGGUCCAAUUCACACUGAAUGCCAGCUCGGAGGAUCACAAACGAAGCUUCUUUUGCUCUGCCGCUCUGGAGGUGGCGGGAAAGUUCCUGUUUAAAAACCAGACCCUGGAACUGCACGUGCUGUAUGGUCCUCGGCUGGACGAGACGGACUGCUUGGGGAACUGGACCUGGCAAGAGGGGUCUCAGCAGACUCUGAAAUGCCAGGCCUGGGGGAACCCAUCUCCUAAGAUGACCUGCAGACGGAAGGCAGAUGGUGCCCUGCUGCCCAUCGGGGUGGUGAAGUCUGUCAAACAGGAGAUGAAUGGUACAUACGUGUGCCAUGCCUUUAGCUCCCAUGGGAAUGUCACCAGGAAUGUGUACCUGACAGUACUGUACCACUCUCAAAAUAACUGGACUAUAAUCAUUCUGGUGCCAGUACUGCUGGUCAUUGUGGGCCUCGUGAUGGCAGCCUCUUAUGUUUAUAACCGCCAGAGAAAGAUCAGGAUAUACAAGUUACAGAAGGCUCAGGAGGAGGCCAUAAAACUCAAGGGACAAGCCCCACCUCCCUGAGCCUGCUGGAUGAGACUCCUGCCUGGACCCCCUGCAGGGCAACAGCUGCUGCUGCUUUUGAACAGAAUGGUAGACAGCAUUUACCCUCAGCCACUUCCUCUGGCUGUCACAGAACAGGAUGGUGGCCUGGGGGAUGCACACUUGUAGCCUCAGAGCUAAGAGGACUCGGUGGAUGGAGCAAGACUGUGAACACGUGUGACCCGGACCCACCUACAGCCCGGUGGACCUUCAGCCAAGAAACGCUGACUUCAUUCUCUAUUGCCCCUGCUGAGGGGCUCCUGCCUAAGGAAGACAUGAUAUCCAGUAGACACAAGCAAGAAGACCACACUUCCCCCCGACACAGGAAAGCUGAGACAUUGUCCCCAACUCUUCUUGAUGUAUUUAUUAAUUUAGAGUUUUACCAGCUAUUUAUUGAGUACCCUGUAUAUAGUAGAUCAGUGAGGAGGUGAAUGUAUAAGUUAUGGCCUGGACCCUGCUGCAGAUGCUGUGAGAGUCUGGGGAAAGAUCACAUGGGUCGAGGGUUUCUCUACUGGUCAGGAUGCUUUUCUCAUAAGGGUCGACUUUUUUCACCAGUCACAUAAACACUAUGUGGACUGGCAGUGGUUCUCUGCUCCUCCACAUCCUGGAGCGUCCCAGCACCUCCCCACCUACUUUUGUUCCCAAUGUCAGCCACCAUGCCUUAGCAGCUGAACAAUCGAGCCUCAUGCUCAUGAAAUCAUGGUCCCAGGCGGCUCCACCUCAAAGAGAAAGCCUGGAAGGAAAUGUUCCAACUCCUUAGAAGGGUCGUGCAAGCUGCUGUGGGAGGGUAAGCACCCCUCCCAGCACAGAAACCUUUCCUUUGAAUCAAUAAAGUUUUAUGUCGGCCUGA